AUGUCGAAAGGUGGCAAGAAGCGGACCGACUCGGUCCACAAACUGAGUCCGUCCCCUGUUCACAGCGGUGCUACUUCAUUUAUUCUGAGCUGUGGAGUAGCAGGGGACAUCACUGAAGCCAAGAAAGGUCGGUAUCCACUCUGGCCUGAAUGGAAUGAAGCAGAUGUAAAUGCUGAGAAAUGGGAAGGUGCUAAGCCAGCCAAAGAGAAGGACAAAAGUAGCAAAAGCCCCAGUCUGCAGUUUUUUGAUGACCCAGAAGGGAAAAUUGAACUACCACUUUCUCUGAAAGUUCACUCUUGGAAGCGUCCUCAUGAGUUUUUAAAAGAGAAGGUCAGUCUGAAUCCUGUUGUUGUCAAGAGAGAAAAAUGGUUUGACUUAUUAACUGCUAAUGAACAUAUUCUAGAGAGUGAGUUGAUGCGAUGGAUUAUCAGUGAAAUCACAAUGCUGUGGAACACCUGUCUAAAUCUUACAUCAGACAGCAAAAACUUACUGGAAGAAACGGGAUCCUCCUGGAAACCCUGGGAACACAUUUAUGCUCUUUGUAAAGCUGUGAAGGGGCACCUACCUCUCUACAAUAGCCAUGGAAAAUACAUUGUGAGGCUGUACUGGAUGGGGUGCUGGCGCAAGAUUACACUGGAUGACACCAUGCCCUUCGAUGAAAAUGAUAACCUGCUGCUUCCAGCAACAACCUGUCAGGAGGAGCUCUGGCCAAUGCUACUGUCGAAAGCUCUCAUUAAGCUUGCAAACAUUGACAUGAUUACUACAGGAAGAAAGGAACUAGGAGACUUCAUAGUUUUGCAUGCUCUUACUGGCUGGCGUCCUGAAAUCAUCCCACUCCGAUCUGAAGAGUCUGAAAAAACCUGGUCCUUUCUGAAGACAAUUCUACCAGAGUUUAGUCUGACAAAUCAGGAAUACGUAAGUCGAGAAAAGAUUGCAGAUAGGGCCAAUUUAGCAGAUGCAGAAGAAAAUGAUAAAAAAGAGAAUGAGGCAAAAAUGGAUAGUGCCGUCAUCAAACCAGCAGAAAAAGUUGCUAAAGCAGGAUUCCAUGCACUAGUGAUGCCACAGAUGGUGAUUUAUGCGACCUACCUCCCACUUCAGCUGUCAGAAGGAACAACUUCUUUACUUGGACAAAUGGCUGAAUCCUCAGAGAAGUUGCGACACUAUGGACUUUCCCAUGCACACAGUCACCCUGUACUGGUGAGAAGAACAAGAUCUUGUCCCCUUGCAAACUCAGCAGAGGUCUCACAGGUUCCUCGAUGGAAGCUUAUACGACCACGAAAUCGCCCUUUUCCUAUAGCUGACCCAAAAGAGCCCAGACCUAAAAAGCCAGAGCAAUAUAUCGAAAUUGCAAGCCCGUUGCUUGACUACAAGAUAGAUACCACAAUCAUGCCACCAGAGAAAAAUGAGCAAAAGAAGAUUAAGAAAGGUGCCCCUCGAAGCCUGGCAGCUGUUAACGAAAUUGAUGAAGCACUGGAUCAGAUUAACAAUGCUGAGGAAGACAUCGAAUUGAUGGAACCACCUCCCAGCAUAGAGAUUUCCCAGGUGGUGAUUAACAACUUGGAUGAAAAUGUUUCAACACCAUCCACUAACCUGCGAUUCAAGAAACAUACAGAUAACAGAAAAGAGUCGCGUCGAGAAUCCGUAAGGUCAGGUGGGCAGUUUUCAUCUGCUAGAAGUCGGCAGAGUAUUUCAGUGGAUCCUAACAAAGAAGAAAAUUUGAAUGCUCGGCAGCAAAUGCAGAGUUUAAUUGAAGAUAAAACUUUCGAAGUACAUUUUCCUAACCAGAUGGUGUCACAGCCAACUAAUCAGAUGUUGAACUUGGACACUGUCUCUGAUGUUGCAGGCGCUUUCAAUCAGAAGAAGCUCUGCAAAAAAAAGUGGAUUAAUUCUGAAGAUUUUUGCAAGUGUUUCCAAACUUUGAUUAUUUUCCAUAACACAAGCAAAUACACUUACACACUUGACAAGUCAAACUUCAAGCUUACAGAUGAUCGCGGACCUUUCUAUCUACUUGUUGAUGAAGUCAAACCCAUAGAAAUUUUGGUUACCUUCUCUGCCUUGGUGCGCUGGGGUGAUCUCAACUGCGAGAAAAGCCUUAGCAAGGAAAGCAAUGAGAAAGAAAAUCAGAAGGAAAUUUCAGGCCUUCAACCGGGCAUACUCCUGGCUGAACCAUACUGCUGGAAGAGUUUUGUUUCAAGACCACCAGUUCUCUACAUGAAAACUUUUGCUACGAAAUCAGCUAUCUUGGAACUACCCAGUGGUCGCCACGUGUUACGGUUUACUGCCACUGUUCCUCUUGGAUACAACAUCAACCUCAGCAGUACUGUGCCCUUUACCUUUGGUGAUGAAGAUUUAGUUCUCUCACAUCUUGGCAAGGAGAGUCGGCAAUUUACACAACAGGCCGUCAUCAUCAUGAAAGCCAUAGAAAGAUUGCUCAGUAGUUUUAGUGAUGAGCACGAAUUUCAUAAAGCUUCAAUGGAACUGGAGUUUGCACAUUUUCCUGUCCAAUUUCACAAUAGAAAAAUGGCUGAGAAGCAAACUGAGGCCUUCAAGGAUGCAUUUUACGUCACCCUACAGCAGGCUAUGAGUGCUUCUCUCAGUCUUGUGGAGGAGAUUGCUUUUAGAGCCCUCUUGCUUGAUUUUUCACCAAAAGAAAUGCUGAGAAAAAGGAAAUCUCAUACAGUGCCUGAAAAGUGGCAGAAUAGGAUCCCAACAAAAGAAGAAGAAAGAGCAAUUAUUAAACUGCAAGCUUGGUGGAGAAGUAAAAGUGUUCAAUUUAUUUUCAAGGCAAGAACAGUAGGGACAGAAGAAAAUGAAUAUAUCCAAGAUAUCCUGGAUCAGUUUCGCUCUCUUCUAGAGUCAAACACAGAGGAAAAUGGCUUAUAUUUGCUCAGGUACCUGUUUGACAAUAAUCCAAAACUGGCAAAAUUGUAUCGCUUUUAUGAAGAUGAAUCGAGCAGGACUGUAUAUGCUGACUAUACAACCUCGUACAGUGAGCAUCCUCCCAACUUCUGGUUUGUGUUAUUCAGAGAGGUGUUCCAUAUGCCAGAGGAAAUGUUGCUGGUACCCAAGGUUUACACUACAUUACCGGCCUCUGUUCUCCACGUGAUCAAUAACGACACAGGAGAGGAAAUUCCCAGGGUUUUUCAAAAGGUGGCACCAUACGUCUAUACUAAAAACAAGAGCGGCUAUACAUUCGUGGCUGAAGCUCACUCAGGAGGUUUCACACUCCCCUCUGGUAAAUGGAAAAUGCGUUUGAUUGCCUCCUACCAACCUCUUCCCAUCCUGUUAAAUGAAACUGUGAACAGCAACUUUACCAUGAAAGAAAUUAAGUCUUACUACAUCCCAAAUGACAAAGACCUUAUCUUCAGGUUCCAAAUUAAUGUGAAUGCAACCCAUUUAACAACUGUCCAUGUACAAACCUCCAAGCCAGAUGUAUACAUCAAGUUACAAAUCCUAGAUCAGGAGAAAGAAGUAGCCAAAGCAACCGGAAAAGGCCAGGCUAUCAUUCCUUCAUUUACAUUUUACCAAAGUGUGAGACAUUCAACCGUGCAGAAGUCUUCAGUUAAACAGCCCGAUACGCUUGCUGUUCACGGAGGGCCAAAGAAGUCAGGAAGUACUUCAAGCAAAACAGGAAAAGGUUCUUUGAAGUCAGGAAGUGACCGAAAGUCAUCUCCUUUAAAAGUUGAAAGAACCUUCAGUCCAACUACAUUGAUUGAGGAAAUGCCAGCUGCUCCAGAAGUGAUUCAUAAAUACAUAAUUCAAGCACUAGUUCUUCACGAAAGCUGGCCGCUAAACGAAAGUGAUUUAACUUUUGCUGAAUCACUAAAGGAUGUGGACUGCAGCGAGAUUACAGAGAAGAAUAUUAGCCCUGGUUCUUCUGAGACUGAUGAGCCAAAACACACACCAACAUCGAGACAUACCAAGAAAGGAAAAGAAAAGGGUGAUAAGAGUGACAAAGACAAAGGAAAAGAUAAAGGCACGCCACUCAAGACAGAUAUUCCGGUACGACAAAUUGAUUUGACAAAACCUCAUUUCACAUUCCACUACGUUGUUGACUAUGGUGAAAGUGACAGUGUUGACAUCAAGAAGGAUACCAAUCGACAGGAUGAAAUCCAUGCUAUGAAACGGGCUUGGGAGGCUGCAGAACCUGGAAGAGCUUUCAAGGCCCUACAACUCCGCCUGCAUGUACUGAAUAACAAUGCAACAAAUAUAACUCUCCAGAGCAUCGGUGAGAAGCAAGAAGAAAUUAUUAAUGGGGAUGGUUCUGAAAUGAACAGACGAGCUGCAGAAUUGAAGGAGAUACCAUCCACAGUCAUUUCACAGGAUAUUCAAGAAACUCAGUCCUCAGCUGCUGACAGAAAUUCACAAGUUGCUGAUGAUAUUAUUAAACCAAUGAAGUGGACCCAGUAUAUCAGGUCAACUCUACCUGAACCAAUUCUGCAAAAUGAAAAAAUUAUCGAAGAACAAGAGAAGAUUAAGGCAGAAGAAAUUCACAAUUUCCGUCAGAAGCGAGAGAGAGUCUUUGAGCAGCGAGAGAGAGAAAGACAAACACGGCGUCAGCUGAAGGCAAAGCAGCUUCAAAUGUAUGAGGAUCUGCAGGCAGCUUUAGAUGAGGCUCGGCAAGACAUCUUUCAACGGAGAGAAACAUACAGAAAUAAACUUAUUGAGGAGGAAAUGAAGAAGCAAAGAGAAAUUGCAGAAAUGGAAGCUCUCCAAGCAGAGCAAGAAAGAAAGAACAAAAGUGCUGCUUCUAAAAAGUCAAAGAGUCCAGGAAGGAAAAAGUAAACUGCAAAAAUGCCAAGUUUCAAAUUGUAUCUUCAAACAUAUUUCAUUAUAUAUCCUUCAAUGCAACACUUCAUUACUAUUUUCAGUCAAGCUCUCAGUUAAUUUCUUUGCCAGUGGUCACAACUCAUACUUCCUUGAAAUGACAACUGAAAAAUAUCAGAAGCA